AUGUUGCCAUAUGACUUAUUCGAAAGUCACACUUUCCCACUCAAUCCACUUCAAAUGAAUUGCCUUGAACCAGCUCCAACUACAUUUCGUAUCUUCAUUCAUUCUAUUCAUCUAAUUAGUGUUCCAACUUACCUUUUAGCAUUGGUUUCGCUUAUUUUCAUCAAAUCAAAUGUGUUCACAACUUACCGAAUAUUUCUGAUUUGGCAUGUUUUGGAGAACUUUUUCUUUGAAUUUUAUUCUGCAUUUUUGGUGGAACCAGUGCUUCACGCACCGUAUACUUUGAUGCGAACAACUGGAAUAUUAUCGAAAGUAGGAAUUGGCAGUCUAGCUCAAUUUUAUAUGCUGGCCCUGGCCAUUGAAUAUAAUGGGAUGUCCGUGAGCGAGAUGUUUUGGUUUCGGUAUAAAGCAAGUAUAAUGAAUUAUAAAGAACACUGUUUCACCUACUUCCUUCGAGUAUUUGUCAACUUCACACGAUUUAUCGCAGUCUUCGAUACUGUAUUCUGUAUAAUCACACACCAAGAAGCACUUUUGUUUCAGAGUGAAUACAAAUCAGCUCUACUGAAAUUAAAUCCAUUAGACACAUUUCUGAAAUGUGAUUCCGUAUAUCUGGUGGUUGCAUUCAAAGAUUACAUAUCUUCUAUUUACGUGGCUUUUUGGAUAAUUCAAUCAGUUGUUCUGUUCAUUUCAGUUCCAGGGACAGCCAUCUACAUUAAUUUUAAUAUUCCCAAAACAGUAUCUGAAGUGACGUGGAAAAUACAGCAGCAACUGCUACGAAGUCUGAUUAUACAAGCAUCAAUUCAUGGAAUCAUGCUUGGGAUUCCAAAUACAAUGUUCAUUUAUAGUUUCCUAUUUGGAUAUGAGAGUGAAACGUACGCGUAUGCUGCAUUCGCUUGUCUGACGUACCAUGGAUUCGCUUCAAGUCUAGCACAAAUAAUAUUCACGAAACCAUUACGACAAUAUCUUCUAACAUUAUGCAAGUUGAAGAAACAGGAAACAACUGCUCUAUCUCAAACAAUUAUUGAAAGUGUAGCAGAGAGUGAAGGAAUUAGCAGGCAUGCUGGUUAUUACAGUGGUUUCGUCUCCUAUCUCAUAUUCACUUUCGGUCAUUUUGUGUCCACACCUAUCGUUGAAAUAAUUUCACCAAAAUGGUCAAUUGUGGCUGGAUUACUCGGUUAUGCAAUGUAUGAAGCAUCGUAUAUCUGGAUUAAUGAAUACUUUCUAUACAUCUCAGCUGCAGUUUCGGGAUUUGCUGGCUCAUUAAUGUGGACCGGUCAGUUCGACUAUCUUGUUCAGAAUUGUCAACCUCAAACUUUGGAUCGAAACUCUGCCACUUUGUGGGGGAUCUCUACGAUUUCAUCAAUAGUUGGUGGUAUUUACCUUCUGAUACUAUAUCGGUUUCAGACUGGAAACCAUUUCGAUAUGCCCCUCAUUCGAUUGGUUGUUGGUCCGUUUCUCGGAUGUACGUUGUUAUCAACAGUCAUUGGAUGUUUCCUUCCGAAACCAGUUUAUAAAGCGGAGAAGUACAAACUACCUUAUUUUAAACAUCUUUCCGAAAUAGUCAAAAUAUCUUUUGAUCGAAAUCUACUUUUCUUACUUUAUACAUUCGUGUACACUGGAAUGGAAUUCGCUUACUUUUCCGCAGUUUUCCCUACUAUGGUCUCAUUUACGAAGUCACUUGGAAACACAAGAAAUCUCAAUGCAAUGUGUUCGAUUUCUGCUGGAACUGGAAAUGUUUUUGGAUGUUUUGUUUUAUCGACGCUAGGUCCGCGUGUUCGAGAAAUCGGAAGGAUGAACAUGGUUCUAUUGGGUGCAAUUCUUCAUAUGACUUGCUUCGCCAUUACUUUUUUAAUGUUUCCCGACGACGCUCCACUUCAACCAACAGAUGGUUUUGGGUAUUUCGAACCUCGACCAUACAUUGUACUGAUAUGUGGAUUUUUCGUCGGAAUUGGUGACACCAUAAUCAAUCAACAGUGUUAUACGAUUCUGAGUGAUAUUUAUAAACACGACAAAAGAGUUGAAGCUUUUGCAGUUUAUCGAUUCUAUCAGAGUUUGGCCAGCUGCAUCGUCAUGUUUUACUCCGCUCACGUUCUUCUUAAAACUCAUAUUAUCGUUCUCACGAUAUUUUGUAUCUUGGCCACAACAACAUUCUUUGGAAUACGAAUUCCUGAUAGAUGCCCCGUCUCACCAAGUUCGGAAACACUGGAAACGAAAGAGAGUGAGCAAGAGGAAACUCUGAUAGCAUAA